GAUUGUACAAUGAAUGCUGUGCGAACGCAUAUCGAACAUUUUAUCGAUUCCAAUCCUUUGCUGGAAUCCACGUCAUGUACAGAUCCCGUAAAUAAUCUUAAAAAUCCACCGAAACAAAUAAGCCGUAAUAUUAUUAAAACUCCCCGAAUAGUGUUGAAUUUAACCGAAACCGACAAACACCAAAUGCGAAUAAGAUCACGGUCCCCAUCGCCGUUUUGGAUAAAAGGCGAAACGUCCACGUACUCGGAAGUCCUCAAAACAGGUUGCGUACUGUCGAGGAACAACAGUAGGAGCGCGACUCCGGAAUCGAAAAGUGUCGAUGUCGAGGGUGGAACACGCAUGAGUAGAAAAUCGAGUUUCGAUAAUUUACUCCGAACGCUACCGUUGACAAGAGCCAGGAGUAAAUCACCAAAGGACAGAUGGCAACCAAAGGAUUUAAAAAAAAACAUGACUUUACACGUAUCAACACUGCAGGAAUCGCCGACGUCUGCAUCAGAGUUUGCUAAAGAUAGACAAUCAAAGGAAGACGGCUCGGAGGAUCGCGUUACCCUCGCGUCACCGACUCCUAGACACGUUAAACGACGAUCUCGGUCCAGGAGGAACCGAAAUGUAAUCGGAAAAGACUCCGGAAACAAACCAUCAACAAACAAAUUAGAUGCUGAACCCUCAGCAAACACCGAAGAAACUGCAGUAAUACCCAAAAGACACGCAGUGGACACCACGAGUUCGUCGUCGACAGAGAAACCGGAAAUCGUAAUAUCGGACGUGAAAACCCGACAGAACAGCGAAGAUAAUCUCCAAUUCCGGAACCUUGCCGAGCAAAUCUCCGGGACAUACGACCCGGUGACUAACGACGGUGACUGGAAAAUAUUGACCGUCGACGACGCAACUGAGGCGGUACCGUUGAAUGCCGCGUCGGUCAUCGGUGACUUUUCAAAAUCCCGAUUGUCGUUGGAUAGUAUGCUCGGCAGCACCAAUUGCUCGAACAGCUGUUUCGAUCUGAACGAACGGUUGAAAGGGAUAUUCGGUUCGGUCGAUCAGAAACACUACAGGCACCACCGUGUCGUCGAUCGUCCGCGAUCGAAAUCCGAUACUCGUGACCUGAACGAACUCACGCAGAUAUUUACUAGCCCCGAUACCGAUGACAAUAAUAAGUACACGUGCCGUUUCGAACGUAGUGCUGGAUCGGUAAAAAACCAUACCAAUAGGGACUCCACUUCCGGUAGACGUUCUUUUGAUAAUAUUAUUAUCUUAUCCCCUUUUGGAAACACGCAAAUGCAACAGCAAUCAGACGGAACUACUGACAACGAACACGACGAGUCUACUAUCAAAUCACAUUUACAAGCACUAAGCGAUGAGAGUAUACCAUUAGAAUUAGCAAUGAAACCAUUUGUGGAAUUUGAUGAAGGGCAGACUGCAAUAAUUGAAUUAACUUCAACACAAACUAUGAUCACUUCAUUAAUCACUGAUGAUGGUGAUCAAUCACAAACUAAGGCAAUUAAAGAACUGAAAACAAAUAUCGAACAAUAUGAACAAAUAUUAAUAGAAUUAGAAACUAAUGAAGAUAAAUACGAUACAUAUGAUUUAAGUACUAAAGUUAUAAAAUUAAAAGAGAUCAUAACUAGAUAUGAAAUGUAUGAAGAAAUAGAAGAAUUUCAAAUAUUAAUUAUUCGGCUUAGAACUGUCGUCGAAAAACUUGAGAAAUUAGUAAUAAACAAAAAUAAAAUGGCCACUAAGAAUAAACUAAAAGAUGCUGAUGAUACAAUAUGUUAUUACGAAGACUGGUUAUUAACGACUGAAAAUGAUGGCCCAAAAUAUGUGGAUAAUAUUGAAGGAGAUAUUAUUGAAUUAAAAAAUAAACUCCAUCAAUUGAAAACCUAUGAAGAAAAUGUUGAAUAUGAGACACGUAUUUUAAAACUUCAAUAUAUAAUUGAAAAGCUUGAAAUUAUUAAAGAUAACUUUACACAAUUGAAUCAAAAGGACACAAAAUCCAAUGUUGAAAGCACGGUUAUAUCAACUGAAUUAUCUUGCAUGAAUUCACCUAAGGAUUUACAUAAUACUAGUGUAGAAAGCAUGAUGAUUCCACAAUUAAAUUACUCAUUAAAUCACCCAAAAAUAGGAACCCAGUCUCAUGAAAAAGAUUAUGUAACCUUCCCGAGUGUAAUGAAAAACAUUGAAAGAGAGAAUGAGAUAAACACAAUAAAUAUGCUAAAAGACAGUGAAGUUUUGAGAAGUCCAAAGUUAGUGAGGAAAAUAAACCAAGCAUUACGAGAUGAGCAUAACAUUAACAAAAUUGAAAUAAAUGUUGAUAGCAAAGAAGUAGGCUCUCUAGAACAGACCAAAUUAGACACAAGUAAUCGUUAUGAAAUAGAAAAAAAAUUAGAGAAAAUGAAAUCAAUAGAUGUCAACACACAAUUUCAAUCUGGAAAAGCAGACUCACCUGAAAAAAAAGAAGAUAAAAAAUCUAAAGGAUUUCUUCGUUUUAAAAUUCCAAAUGUGUUUAUGAAAAAAUCAAAACAAGGUGAAAUUGAUACUGAAAGUAUAUUAAGCAAUCCACAAGAACAAAAUGUAGACAUUGAAAAUGAUAAUGUCAAACUAUUAAUGUAUAAAAGGAUGAGCAGUAUAAGUAAUGAUACCAAAAUUCAACAACAAAAUGAAAACCAACUGAAUAAUGAAAAAUAUACAAUUGAUCAAAAACCAAAAGACUUAUACUUUACAAAAGAAGAUAAUAGUACUGCACUGACAAGUAUCAAUGAUAAAGUGGCACGGAUAAUUGAACAAAAUAAAUUAAAAUAUCCAUCUGAUAAAACAAUUCAACAAGUUCAAAUAUUAAAAAAUCCUGAUUUGCCAGUUACAACUGAUAUACAAAUUAUAAAGAGUGAUCCCACAGUAAUAUAUAACUCCCGCAGGACGAUCAGUCGCAUAAUGGUAAUUGAUGGAAAUGAAAUUAAAAUAGAAGAUAUAAUUGAUGAACCUGUGUCUGGUGAAUCGGUUAAGAGUAUUUUGAGAAAAAUAACUAAAGACGGUAAAGAAGAACUUGAAAAUAUUAACGAUCCUGAAGUAAUUGAAAAUAUAUUACGGACGUCUAGAACCAACGAAGACGUACAGAACACAUGUGUAACAAUUACAAAAACACGUAAAACCAUUCUGCGUGGUAUUAUUGUUGAUGGAAAAGAGUCAGUCGUUGAAGAAGAAGUUGAUGGACCUGUCAUUAAUAAAAUUCCUGAAACAUUAACGAGAAAAAAGAAUGGCAAUGAAAUAGAUGAGGUGGUUAUUAAUCCGGGUGAAAUAAAAAAAACGAUUGCUUUCCAUGAAAUGAAAAACGAUUCUAUUAAUGAUCAUAAGGUAACAACAAUGACUAACAUAAAAAAAAUAAUAAAGCGUAGAAUACUUGUGGAUGGAAAAGAAACGGUUGUAGAAGAAGAGUUUGACGAAACAGAAAAUGAAGGAAUUUCAAAUGAGGAUGUAGAAAAAAUAAUUAACGACACGAUAGAUAUUGAACCUAUAGAAGAAAGUUUUGAGAUAAUUCCAUCAAUCGAUUUUGAAGUAAAUGUCCAACCAAUGUCAUUAAACAGUUAUUUGAAUAGCAACCAAACACAGGAUAAUGAUUUGCAAUCAAACGAAACAGAACCUGUUGAAAACGUGGAUUUAAAUAAAUCGAUUAAAGAAAUUGAAAACUCACCAUCUUUCUUGAGUAAACUUAUGCGCAAAGGUUUUAAAAUGUCAACAUCCAAAAAUAAUAAAAAAUCAAGAGAUAACAGUUAUAUUGAAAAUUCAGAGACGGAAAGUAAAAUAAAAUCGAGUUUAAAUCUUUUCCUUGAAAAAGAAAGGGAAAACAAUACAUUGCAACAUUCGUUCCAAAUAAAUAAGCCGAAAUAUGAUUUAGACAUAAAUGACUCAAAUAUAGAUAACCAAACUACGAACUAUGAUCUGCCUAUUACCAAGAUCAUUGAUAUAAUACAACCCGUUGAUAAAUCAGAAAGAGAAAUUGAAAACGCCAAAACUUCAGGCAAACAAAAUACUGAAAAAAUUGAAAUGGUAACUGACUUAGACCCCAAGGGAUCUGCUGAUAUCGAAUUCGACAUAAAGGAAAAGAUUUCUGUUGGAAUUCCAUCAGUUUCCGUACCAAGUGUUGAUAUCAAAACUCCAUCGAGUUCUAGACAGGAAGGUCACGUUCAAGUUAAACAUACAGAUUUACCAUCGGUCAGUGUACCAGGAGUCAAAACUGAUGUUUCAAUCGAUAAUAUUCCUGAUCUGGACAUCAAUAAACAAAAAAUAAUCCAAGAACCAGAAAAUCUUGAAAUGGUAGAAACAAAUCAAUUGGUAAAUCCAAUCACAAAUUCUCCAUCAUUUUUAAGUAAAUUGCGAAAAGGUCUAAAAAUGUCUACGUCGAAGACGAACAUAAAAUUAAAAAACAAGGGUGAUACCGAACCCUUAGAAUCAGACGAUACAACGAAAUCGUUAUUGAACGAUUUUAUUGAAAAAGAACGGGAGAGUACCGUUGUACAAUAUUUACCAGCAACUGAUGAUAAUUCUAGAAUCGAUGCUCUUGGACACGAAGAAAAUUCAAAAACACCAAUUGAAGAAGGAAAAUCUAUUGUACCGCAAAAUAAUGAUGGUACCGAAAUAUUUAAGCCUUUAGCAUCUGAAAUUCUGAUCAAUCAAACAGGAACGGUUUCCUCAUGGAAAUCACGAAAGGUUAUUAAACGCAUCGUUAUCAUAGAUGGAGAAGAGAUUGAGGUAGAAGAGAUAAUUGAUGAGCCUGAACAUGGAACACCAGUUAAAAGUAUAUUGAGAAAAACAAUCAGGAACGGCGAGGAAGUUGUUGAAAAUAUAAUCGAUCCAGAGGAAAUCGAAAAGAUCUUACGGUUGUCUGUUCUCAACGAAAACGUAAAGAAUACUAGUGAAAGUGUCACAACUACAAGAACGCGUAGAAUAAUUAGGCGAACAAUUAUUGUCGACGGAAAAGAGUCUGUUGUAGAAGAGGAAAUUGACGAACCCGGUAUUGACGAUAUAACAGAUAGGGUUAUUCUUAAAUCGUUCAAUGACGGACUAGAUGAAGUAGGCCAGUUAGUAAAUCUCGAUAAUGUCCAAAAAUCGUUUUCUGUGCAAACAUCUAACAGUGACGUGGUAACUGAGCCAAAUUUAAUAACGAAAACUAUUACCAGGAGAGUUAUAAAGCGUGUAAUAAUGGUUGAUGGAAAAGAAAAGAUUGUAGAGGAGGUAGUAGACGGACCGGAAAAUCUUGGUUUUACUGAAUCAUUGCAGAGUGAACUUAAAAAAGAUGACAACGAAAGUUACGACAUUACCACAUAUCUCCAUGAUAUCGGUACAAACAGGAAUUCUGAAUUUAUAAAUGAAACUCAAACCGAUAACGAUAUUACAACAGUAACAACACGAAGAAUAAUAAGACGAGUAAUAAUUAUCGAUGGUAAAGAGACAUUUGUAGACGAGGAAGUUAAUGAACCUGAUACAUGUGAUAUUACGGAUAUUACUGAGAUACAAAAAGAUAACGGAGAAACAGUUGAAAUAUAUGAAAAGCCAGUAGUGUUAGAUAACAUAGCAAAUGAUAAGAUCCAAACAGUAACGACCCGUACGAUUAAAAGGAUACGAAAAAUAAUAAAGCGCAAAAAGUUAGUAGAUGGAAAAGAAAAAGUGGUAGAGGAAAUUGUAGAUGAACCAGUUGACGAGCACACAAUAGACAAAUUACACGAAUUGAAAGACUCCAGUGAUGUCCGACAAGGUAAAACUGCAGAUUUCAGUAUAAAUAUCGAGAACAAAAAACUUCUAGAAUCUGUAUCUUCCGACAUCGAUGAUAUAAAUAAUAUCAAACGAACAACCAUACAGGUACCAGACAUCAAAUUUAAAAAAGAAUCGAUCGAUAUUGACUAUGACAUAAAAGAGAAUAUAACUGUUGGAAAAUCGAUUGCAACAUCUAGUGUCGAAAUUGAAAUGCCAUCGAUACCUAAAGUAACUCCAGAAUUAAAGAUUAAAAAAGGAAAAGCACCCAAGGGAUCUGCUGAUAUCGAGGUUAACAUAAAGGAAAAGGUGUCUGUUGACAUUCCAUCUGUAUCUGUACCAAGUGUUGAUUUUGAAAAACCAUCGAUACCUAAGGUCGAAGGAGAAAUAAAAGUCAAGGACAUAGAUUUACCAGCAAUAAAAGUUCCGGAGUUGAAAGCACCAAAAAUAGAUGUUGAAAAAUCUACAGCAGGAAUAAAAACACCAGAAAUUCCUAAAUUUGGCAUAACAGCAGACAUCAAAACUCCAGAAUUAAAGAUUAAAAAAGGAAAAGCACCCAAGGGAUCUGCUGAUAUUGAAUUCAAUAUAAAGGAAACGGUUUCUGUACCAAGUGUUGAUAUCAAGACACCGUCGAUUCCUAAACUGGAGGGUCACGUCCAAGUCAAAGACUCGGUUUUAGCAUCUGUCGGUGUACCGGAGGUCAAAACACCUAAGCUUGAUGUUAAAGUUCCUAAAACUGAUGUCAAGACUACCAAAUUCGACUUAUCGGAUAUUAAAAUACCAGGAUUUAAAAGUAAAAAAGAUAAAAAAUCAAAACAAACUGAUUUCGAUAUUGAUGUUGAUGAUAAGAUUUCUGUAGACAUUCCAUCUGUAUGUGUACCAAGUGUUGAUUUUGAAAAACCAUCGAUACCUAAGGUCGAAGGAGAAAUAAAAGUCAAGGACAUAGAUUUACCAUUAAUAAAAGUCCCGGAGUUGAAAGCACCAAAAAUAGAUGUUGAAAAAUCUACCACAGGAAUAAAAACACCAAAAAUUCCUAAAUUUGGCAUAACAGCAGACAUCAAAACUCCAGAAUUAAAGAUUAAAAAAGGAAAAGCACCCAAGGGAUCUGCUGAUAUCGAGGUUAACAUAAAGGAAAAGGUGUCUGUUGACAUUCCAUCUGUAUCUGUACCAAGUGUUGAUUUUGAAAAACCAUCGAUACCUAAGGUCGAAGGAGAAAUAAAAGUCAAGGACAUAGAUUUACCAGCAAUAAAAGUUCCGGAGUUGAAAGCACCAAAAAUAGAUGUUGAAAAAUCUACAGCAGGAAUAAAAACACCAGAAAUUCCUAAAUUUGGCAUAACAGCAGACAUCAAAACUCCAGAAUUAAAGAUUAAAAAAGGAAAAGCACCCAAGGGAUCUGCUGAUAUUGAAUUCAAUAUAAAGGAAACGGUUUCUGUACCAAGUGUUGAUAUCAAGACACCGUCGAUUCCUAAACUGGAGGGUCACGUCCAAGUCAAAGACUCGGUUUUAGCAUCUGUCGGUGUACCGGAGGUCAAAACACCUAAGCUUGAUGUUAAAGUUCCUAAAACUGAUGUCAAGACUACCAAAUUCGACUUAUCGGAUAUUAAAAUACCAGGAUUUAAAAGUAAAAAAGAUAAAAAAUCAAAACAAACUGAUUUCGAUAUUGAUGUUGAUGAUAAGAUUUCUGUAGACAUUCCAUCUGUAUCUAUACCUAGUGUUGAUAUUGGAAUGCCAUUGAUACCUAAAGUCGAAGGAGAAAUAAAAGUCAAGGACAUAGAUUUACCAUCAAUAAAAGUCCCGAAGUUGAAAGCACCAAAAAUAGAUGUUGAAAAAUCUACCACAGGAAUAAAAACACCAAAAAUUCCUAAAUUUGGCAUAACAGCAGACAUCAAAACUCCAGAACUAAAGGUUAAAAAAGGAAAAGCACCCAAAGGAUCUGCUGAUAUCGAGUUUAACAUAAAGGAAAAGGUGUCUGUUGACAUUCCAUCUGUAUCUGUACCAAGUGUUGAUUUUGAAAAACCAUCGAUACCUAAGGUCGAAGGAGAAAUAAAAGUCAAGGACAUAGAUUUACCAGCAAUAAAAGUUCCGGAGUUGAAAGCACCAAAAAUAGAUGUUGAAAAAUCUACAGCAGGAAUAAAAACACCAGAAAUUCCUAAAUUUGGCAUAACAGCAGACACCAAAACUCCAGAAUUAAAGAUUAAAAAAGGAAAAGCACCCAAGGGAUCUGCUGAUAUUGAAUUCAAUAUAAAGGAAACGGUUUCUGUACCAAGUGUUGAUAUCAAGACACCGUCGAUUCCUAAACUGGAGGGUCACGUCCAAGUCAAAGACUCGGUUUUAGCAUCUGUCGGUGUACCGGAGGUCAAAACACCUAAGCUUGAUGUUAAAGUUCCUAAAACUGAUGUCAAGACUACCAAAUUCGACUUAUCAGAUAUUAAAAUACCAGGAUUUAAAAGUAAAAAAGAUAAAAAAUCAAAACAAACUACUGAUUUCGAUAUUGAUGUUGAUGAUAAGAUUUCUAUAGAUCUUCCACCUGUAUCAAUACCUAGUGUUGAUAUUGGAAUGCCAUUGAUACCUAAAGUCGAAGGAGAAAUAAAAGUCAAGGACAUAGAUUUACCAGCAAUAAAAGUUCCGGAGUCGAAAGCACCAAAAAUAGAUGUUGAAAAAUCUACCGCAGGAAUAAAAACACCAGAAAUUCCUAAAUUUGGCAUAACAGCAGACAUCAAAACUCCAGAAUUAAAGAUUAAAAAAGGUAAAGCACCCAAAGGGUCUGCUGAUAUCGAGUUUAACAUAAAGGAAAAGGUUUCCGUUGGAAUUCCAUCAGUUUCCGUACCGAGUGUUGAUAUAAAAAUGCCAUCGAUACCUAAUGUUGAAGGAGAAAUAAAAGUCUUGGACAUUGGUUUAACAGAAAUCAAAGUUCCUGAGGUGAAACCACGAAAACUUGAUGUUGAAAAAGCUACAUCGGUAUUUAAAACACCAGAAAUUCCUAAAAUUGGAAAAUCAACAGACAUCAAAACUCCAGAAUUAAAUAUUAAAAAAGGAAAAUUACCCAUGGGAUCUGACGAUAUGAAAUUCGACGUAAAGGAAAAGGUUGCUGUUGGAAUUCCAUCAUAUUCCGUACCAGGUGUCGAUAUCAAAACACCAUCGAGUCCUAGCCUGGAAGGUCACGUCCAAGUCAAACACACUGAUUUACCGUCGGUCAGUGUACCAGGAGUCAAAACUGAUGUUUCAAUCGAAAAUAUUCCGGAUCUGGACGUCGAUGACCGAAAACUAAUCCAAGAACCAGAAUAUGUUGACAAAGUAGAAACAACACUAUUGGUUAAUCCAAUCACAAGUUCUCCAUCAUUUUUAAGUAAAUUGCGAAAAGGUCUAAAAAUGUCUACAUCAAAGACGAACAAAAAAUUAAAAGAAAAGGGUGAUACCGAACCCUUAGAAUCAGACGAUACAACGAAAUCGUUAUUGAACGAUUUUAUUGAAAAAGAACGGGAGAGUACCGUUGUACAAUAUUUACCAGCAACUGAUGAUAAUUCUAGAAUCGAUGCUCUUGGACACGAAGAAAAUUCAAAAACACCAAUUGAAGAAGGAAAAUCUAUUGUACCGCAAAAUAAUGAUGGUACCGAAAUAUUUAAGCCUUUAGCAUCUGAAAUUCUGAUCAAUCAAACAGGAACGGUUUCCUCUUGGAAAUCACGAAAGGUUAUUAGACGCAUCGUUAUCAUAGAUGGAGAAGAGAUUGAGGUAGAAGAGAUAAUUGAUGAGCCUGAACAUGGAACACCAGUUAAAAGUAUAUUGAGAAAAACAAUCAGGAACGGCGAGGAAGUUGUUGAAAAUAUAAUCGAUCCAGAGGAAAUCGAAAAGAUCUUACGGUUGUCUGUUCUCAACGAAAACGUAAAGAAUACUAGUGAAAGUGUCACAACUACAAGAACGCGUAGAAUAAUUAGGCGAACAAUUAUUGUCGACGGAAAAGAGUCUGUUGUAGAAGAGGAAAUUGACGAACCCGGUAUUGACGAUAUAACAGAUAGGGUUAUUCUUAAAUCGUUCAAUGACGGACUAGAUGAAGUAGGCCAGUUAGUAAAUCUCGAUAAUGUCCAAAAAUCGUUUUCUGUGCAAACAUCUAACAGUGACGUGGUAACUGAGCCAAAUUUAAUAACGAAAACUAUUACCAGGAGAGUUAUAAAGCGUAUAAUAAUGGUGGAUGGAAAAGAAAAGGUUGUAGAGGAGGUAGUGGACGGACUGGAAAAUCUUGGUUUAACUGAAUCAUUGCAGAGUGAAAUUAAAAAAGAUGACAAAGAAAGUUACGACAUUACCACAUAUCCCCAUGAUAUCGGUACAAAUAGGAAUUCUGAAUUUAUAAACGAAACUCAAACCGAUAACAUUAUUACAACAGUAACAACACGAAGAAUAACACGACGAGUAAUAAUUGUGGAUGGUAAAGAGACAUUUGUAGAGGAGGAAGUUAAUGAACCUGAUGCAUGUGAUAUUACGGAUUUGAGUGAGAUACAAAAAGAUAAUGGGAAAACAGUUGAAAUAUAUGAAGAGCCAGUAGUGUUAGAUAACAUUGAAAAUGAUAAGACCCAAUCAGUAACGACCCGUACGAUUAAAAGAAUACGAAAAAUAAUAAAGCGCAUAAAAAUAGUAGAUGGAAAAGAAAAAGUGGUAGAGGAAAUUUUAGAUGAACCAGUUGACGAGCACAUAAUAGACAAAUUACACGAAUUGAAAGACUCCAGUGAUUUCCGAAAAGGUAAAACUGCAGAUUUCAAUAUAAAUAUCGAUAACAAAAAACUGCCAGAAUCGGUAUCUUCUGACAUCGAUGAUAUAAAUAAUAUUAAACGCACAAACAUACAGGUACCAGACAUCAAAUUUAAAAAAGAAUCGACCGAUAUUGACUAUUACAUAAAAGAGAAUAUAACUGUUGGAAAAUCGAUUGCAACACCUAGUGUCGAAAUUGAAAUGCCAUCGAUACCUAAAGUCGAAGGAGAAAUUAAAGUCAAGGACAUAGAUUUACCAGCAAUACAAGUUCCGGAGUUGACAGCACCAAAAAUAGAUAUUGAAAAAUCUACCGCAGGAAUAAAAACACCAGAAAUUCCUAAAUUUGGCAUAACAGCAGACAUCAAAACUCCAAAAUUCAAGAUUAAAAAAGGAAAAGCACCCAAGGGAUCUGCUGAUAUUGAAUUCAAUAUAAAGGAAACGGUUUCUGUACCAAGUGUUGAUAUCAAGACACCGUCGAUUCCUAAACUGGAGGGUCACGUCCAAGUCAAGGACUCGGUUUUACCAUCUGUCGGUGUACCGGAGGUCAAAAAACCUAAGCUUGAUGUUAAAGUUCCGAAAACUGAUGUCAAGACCACCAAAUUCGACUUAUCAGAUAUUAAAAUACCAGGAUUUAAAAGUAAAAAAGAUAAAAAAGCAAAACAAACUACUGAUUUCGAUAUUGAUGUUGAUGAUAAGAUUUCUAUAGAUAUUCCACCUGUAUCAAUACCUAGUGUUGAUAUUGGAAUGCCAUCGAUACCUAAGGUCGAAGGAGAAAUAAAAGUCAAGGACAUAGAUUUACCAGCAAUAAAAGUUCCGGAGUUGAAAGCACCAAAAAUAGAUGUUGAAAAAUCUACAGCAGGAAUAAAAACACCAGAAAUUCCUAAAUUUGGCAUAACAGCAGACACCAAAACUCCAGAAUUAAAGAUUAAAAAAGGAAAAGCACCCAAGGGAUCUGCUGAUAUUGAAUUCAAUAUAAAGGAAACGGUUUCUGUACCAAGUGUUGAUAUCAAGACACCGUCGAUUCCUAAACUGGAGGGUCACGUCCAAGUCAAAGACUCGGUUUUAGCAUCUGUCGGUGUACCGGAGGUCAAAACACCUAAGCUUGAUGUUAAAGUUCCUAAAACUGAUGUCAAGACUACCAAAUUCGACUUAUCGGAUAUUAAAAUACCAGGAUUUAAAAGUAAAAAAGAUAAAAAAUCAAAACAAACUGAUUUCGAUAUUGAUGUUGAUGAUAAGAUUUCUGUAGACAUUCCAUCUGUAUCUAUACCUAGUGUUGAUAUUGGAAUGCCAUUGAUACCUAAAGUCGAAGGAGAAAUAAAAGUCAAGGACAUAGAUUUACCAGCAAUAAAAGUUCCGGAGUUGAAAGCACCAAAAAUAGAUGUUGAAAAAUCUACAGCAGGAAUAAAAACACCAGAAAUUCCUAAAUUUGGCAUAACAGCAGACAUCAAAACUCCAGAAUUAAAGAUUAAAAAAGGAAAAGCACCCAAGGGAUCUGCUGAUAUUGAAUUCAAUAUAAAGGAAACGGUUUCUGUACCAAGUGUUGAUAUCAAGACACCGUCGAUUCCUAAACUGGAGGGUCACGUCCAAGUCAAAGACUCGGUUUUAGCAUCUGUCGGUGUACCGGAGGUCAAAACACCUAAGCUUGAUGUUAAAGUUCCUAAAACUGAUGUCAAGACUACCAAAUUCGACUUAUCAGAUAUUAAAAUACCAGGAUUUAAAAGUAAAAAAGAUAAAAAAUCAAAACAUACUACUGAUUUCGAUAUUGAUGUUGAUGAUAAGAUUUCUAUAGAUCUUCCACCUGUAUCAAUACCUAGUGUUGAUAUUGGAAUGCCAUUGAUACCGAAAGUCGAAGGAGAAAUAAAAGUCAAGGACAUAGAUUUACCAGCAAUAAAAGUUCCGGAGUCGAAAGCACCAAAAAUAGAAGUUGAAAAAUCUACCGCAGGAAUAAAAACACCAGAAAUUCCUAAAUUUGGCAUAACAGCAGACAUCAAAACUCCAGAAUUAAAGAUUAAAAAAGGUAAAGCACCCAAAGGGUCUGCUGAUAUCGAGUUUAACAUAAAGGAAAAGGUUUCCGUUGGAAUUCCAUCAGUUUCCGUACCGAGUUUUGAUAUAAAAAUGCCAUCGAUACCUAAUGUUGAAGGAGAAAUAAAAGUCUUGGACAUUGGUUUAACAGAAAUCAAAGUUCCUGAGGUGAAACCACGAAAACUUGAUGUUGAAAAAGCUACAUCGGUAUUUAAAACACCAGAAAUUCCUAAAAUUGGAAAAUCAACAGACAUCAAAACUCCAGAAUUAAAUAUUAAAAAAGGAAAAUUACCCAUGGGAUCUGACGAUAUGAAAUUCGACGUAAAGGAAAAGGUUGCUGUUGGAAUUCCAUCAUAUUCCGUACCAGGUGUCGAUAUCAAAACACCAUCGAGUCCUAGCCUGGAAGGUCACGUCCAAGUCAAACACACUGAUUUACCGUCGGUCAGUGUACCAGGAGUCAAAACUGAUGUUUCAAUCGAAAAUAUUCCGGAUCUGGACGUCGAUGACCGAAAACUAAUCCAAGAACCAGAAUAUGUUGACAAAGUAGAAACAACACUAUUGGUUAAUCCAAUCACAAGUUCUCCAUCAUUUUUAAGUAAAUUGCGAAAAGGUCUAAAAAUGUCUACAUCAAAGACGAACAAAAAAUUAAAAGAAAAGGGUGAUACCGAACCCUUAGAAUCAGACGAUACAACGAAAUCGUUAUUGAACGAUUUUAUUGAAAAAGAACGGGAGAGUACCGUUGUACAAUAUUUACCAGCAACUGAUGAUAAUUCUAGAAUCGAUGCUCUUGGACACGAAGAAAAUUCAAAAACACCAAUUGAAGAAGGAAAAUCUAUUGUACCGCAAAAUAAUGAUGGUACCGAAAUAUUUAAGCCUUUAGCAUCUGAAAUUCUGAUCAAUCAAACAGGAACGGUUUCCUCUUGGAAAUCACGAAAGGUUAUUAGACGCAUCGUUAUCAUAGAUGGAGAAGAGAUUGAGGUAGAAGAGAUAAUUGAUGAGCCUGAACAUGGAACACCAGUUAAAAGUAUAUUGAGAAAAACAAUCAGGAACGGCGAGGAAGUUGUUGAAAAUAUAAUCGAUCCAGAGGAAAUCGAAAAGAUCUUACGGUUGUCUGUUCUCAACGAAAACGUAAAGAAUACUAGUGAAAGUGUCACAACUACAAGAACGCGUAGAAUAAUUAGGCGAACAAUUAUUGUCGACGGAAAAGAGUCUGUUGUAGAAGAGGAAAUUGACGAACCCGGUAUUGACGAUAUAACAGAUAGGGUUAUUCUUAAAUCGUUCAAUGACGGACUAGAUGAAGUAGGCCAGUUAGUAAAUCUCGAUAAUGUCCAAAAAUCGUUUUCUGUGCAAACAUCUAACAGUGACGUGGUAACUGAGCCAAAUUUAAUAACGAAAACUAUUACCAGGAGAGUUAUAAAGCGUAUAAUAAUGGUGGAUGGAAAAGAAAAGGUUGUAGAGGAGGUAGUGGACGGACUGGAAAAUCUUGGUUUAACUGAAUCAUUGCAGAGUGAAAUUAAAAAAGAUGACAAAGAAAGUUACGACAUUACCACAUAUCCCCAUGAUAUCGGUACAAAUAGGAAUUCUGAAUUUAUAAACGAAACUCAAACCGAUAACAUUAUUACAACAGUAACAACACGAAGAAUAACACGACGAGUAAUAAUUGUGGAUGGUAAAGAGACAUUUGUAGAGGAGGAAGUUAAUGAACCUGAUGCAUGUGAUAUUACGGAUUUGAGUGAGAUACAAAAAGAUAAUGGGAAAACAGUUGAAAUAUAUGAAGAGCCAGUAGUGUUAGAUAACAUUGAAAAUGAUAAGACCCAAUCAGUAACGACCCGUACGAUUAAAAGAAUACGAAAAAUAAUAAAGCGCAUAAAAAUAGUAGAUGGAAAAGAAAAAGUGGUAGAGGAAAUUUUAGAUGAACCAGUUGACGAGCACAUAAUAGACAAAUUACACGAAUUGAAAGACUCCAGUGAUUUCCGAAAAGGUAAAACUGCAGAUUUCAACAUAAAUAUCGAUAACAAAAAACUGCCAGAAUCGGUAUCUUCUGACAUCGAUGAUAUAAAUAAUAUUAAACGCACAAACAUACAGGUACCAGACAUCAAAUUUAAAAAAGAAUCGACCGAUAUUGACUAUGACAUAAAAGAGAAUAUAACUGUUGGAAAAUCGAUUGCAACACCUAGUGUCGAAAUUGAAAUGCCAUCGAUACCUAAAGUCGAAGGAGAAAUUAAAGUCAAGGACAUAGAUUUACCAGCAAUACAAGUUCCGGAGUUGACAGCACCAAAAAUAGAUAUUGAAAAAUCUACCGCAGGAAUAAAAACACCAGAAAUUCCUAAAUUUGGCAUAACAGCAGACAUCAAAACUCCAGAAUUAAAGAUUAAAAAAGGAAAAGCACCCAAGGGAUCUGCUGAUAUCGAGUUCAAUAUAAAGGAAACGGUUUCUGUUGACAUUCCAUCUGUAUCUAUACCAAGUGUUGAUAUUGAAAAUACAUCGAUACCUAAGGACGAAGGAGAAAUAAAAGUCAAGGACAUAGAUUUACCAGCAAUAAAUGUUCCGGAGUUGAAAGCACCAAAAAUAGAUGUUGAAAAAUCUACCGCAGGAAUAAAAACACCAGAAAUUCCUAAAUUUGGCAUAACAGCAGACACCAAAACUCCAGAAUUAAAGAUUAAAAAAGGAAAAGCACUCAAAGGAUCUGCUGAUAUUGAAUUCAAUAUAAAGGAAACGGUUUCUGUACCAAGUGUUGAUAUCAAGACACCGUCGAUUCCUAAACUGGAGGGUCACGUCCAAAUCAAAGACUCGGUUUUACCAUCUGUCGGUGUACCAGAGGUCAAAACACCUAAGCUUGAUGUUAAAGUUCCUAAAACUGAUGUCAAGACUACCAAAUUCGACUUAUCGGAUAUUAAAAUACCAGGAUUUAAAAGUAAAAAAGAUAAAAAAUCAAAACAAACUGAUUUCGAUAUUGAUGUUGAUGAUAAGAUUUCUGUAGAUAUUCCACCUGUAUCAAUACCUAGGGUUGAUAUUGGAAUGCCAUCGAUACCUAAAGUCGAAGGAGAAAUAAAAGUCAAGGACAUAGAUUUACCAGCAAUAAAAGUUCCGGAGUUGAAAGCACCAAAAAUUGAUGUUGAAAAAUCUACCGCAGGAAUAAAAACACCAGAAAUUCCUAAAUUUGGCAUAACAGCAGACGUCAAAACUCCAGAAUUAAAGAUUAAAAAAGGAAAAGCACCCAAGGGAUCUGCUGAUAUCGAGUUCAAUAUAAAGGAAACGGUUUCUGUUGACAUUCCAUCUGUAUCUAUACCAAGUGUUGAUAUUGAAAAACCAUCGAUACCUAAGGCCGAAGGAGAAAUAAAAGUCAAGGACAUGGAUUUACCAGCAAUAAAUGUUCCGGAGUUGAAAGCACCAAAAAUAGAUGUUGACAAAUCUACCGCAGGAAUAAAAACACCAGAAAUUCCUAAAUUUGGCAUAACAGCAGACACCAAAACUCCAGAAUUAAAGAUUAAAAAAGGAAAAGCACUCAAGGGAUCUGCCGAUAUUGAAUUCAAUAUAAAGGAAACGGUUUCUGUACCAAGUGUUGAUAUCAAGACACCGUCGAUUCCUAUACUGGAGGGUCACGUCCAAGUCAAAGACUCGGUUUUACCAUCUGUCGGUGUACCGGAGGUCAAAACACCUAAGCAUGAUGUUAAAGUUCCUAAAACUGAUGUCAAGACUACCAAAUUCGACUUAUCGGAUAUUAAAAUACCAGGAUUUAAAAGUAAAAAAGAUAAAAAAUCAAAACAAACUGAUUUCGAUAUUGAUGUUGAUGAUAAGAUUUCUGUAGAUAUUCCACCUGUAUCAAUACCUAGUGUUGAUAUUGGAAUGCCAUCGAUACCUAAAGUCGAAGGAGAAAUAAAAGUCAAGGACAUAGAUUUACCAGCAAUAAAAGUUCCGGAGUUGAAAGCACCAAAAAUUGAUGUUGAAAAAUCUACCGCAGGAAUAAAAACACCAGAAAUUCCUAAAUUUGGCAUAACAGCAGACACCAAAACUCCAGAAUUAAAGAUUAAAAAAGGAAAAGCACUCAAAGGAUCUGCUGAUAUUGAAUUCAAUAUAAAGGAAACGGUUUCUGUACCAAGUGUUGAUAUCAAGACACCGUCGAUUCCUAAACUGGAGGGUCACGUCCAAGUCAAAGACUCGGUUUUACCAUCUGUCGGUGUACCGGAGGUCAAAACACCUAAGCUUGAUGUUAAAGUUCCUAAAACUGAUGUCAAGACUACCAAAUUCGACUUAUCGGAUAUUAAAAUACCAGGAUUUAAAAGUAAAAAAGAUAAAAAAUCAAAACAAACUGAUUUCGAUAUUGAUGUUGAUGAUAAGAUUUCUGUAGAUAUUCCACCUGUAUCAAUACCUAGUGUUGAUAUUGGAAUGCCAUCGAUACCUAAAGUCGAAGGAGAAAUAAAAGUCAAGGACAUAGAUUUACCAGCAAUAAAAGUUCCGGAGUUGAAAGCACCAAAAAUUGAUGUUGAAAAAUCUACCGCAGGAAUAAAAACACCAGAAAUUCCUAAAUUUGGCAUAACAGCAGACGUCAAAACUCCAGAAUUAAAGAUUAAAAAAGGAAAAGCAACCAAGGGAUCUGCUGAUAUCGAGUUCAAUAUAAAGGAAACGGUUUCUGUUGACAUUCCAUCUGUAUCUAUACCAAGUGUUGAUAUUGAAAAUACAUCGAUACCUAAGGACGAAGGAGAAAUAAAAGUCAAGGACAUAGAUUUACCAGCAAUAAAUGUUCCGGAGUUGAAAGCACCAAAAAUAGAUGUUGAAAAAUCUACCGCAGGAAUAAAAACACCAGAAAUUCCUAAAUUUGGCAUAACAGCAGACACCAAAACUCCAGAAUUAAAGAUUAAAAAAGGAAAAGCACUCAAAGGAUCUGCUGAUAUUGAAUUCAAUAUAAAGGAAACGGUUUCUGUACCAAGUGUUGAUAUCAAGACACCGUCGAUUCCUAAACUGGAGGGUCACGUCCAAAUCAAAGACUCGGUUUUACCAUCUGUCGGUGUACCAGAGGUCAAAACACCUAAGCUUGAUGUUAAAGUUCCUAAAACUGAUGUCAAGACUACCAAAUUCGACUUAUCGGAUAUUAAAAUACCAGGAUUUAAAAGUAAAAAAGAUAAAAAAUCAAAACAAACUGAUUUCGAUAUUGAUGUUGAUGAUAAGAUUUCUGUAGAUAUUCCACCUGUAUCAAUACCUAGUGUUGAUAUUGGAAUGCCAUCGAUACCUAAAGUCGAAGGAGAAAUAAAAGUCAAGGACAUAGAUUUACCAGCAAUAAAAGUUCCGGAGUUGAAAGCACCAAAAAUUGAUGUUGAAAAAUCUACCGCAGGAAUAAAAACACCAGAAAUUCCUAAAUUUGGCAUAACAGCAGACGUCAAAACUCCAGAAUUAAAGAUUAAAAAAGGAAAAGCACCUAAGGGAUCUGCUGAUAUCGAGUUCAAUAUAAAGGAAACGGUUUCUGUAGACAUUCCAUCUGUAUCUAUACCAAGUGUUGAUAUUGAAAAUACAUCGAUACCUAAGGACGAAGGAGAAAUAAAAGUCAAGGACAUAGAUUUACCAGCAAUAAAUGUUCCGGAGUUGAAAGCACCAAAAAUAGAUGUUGAAAAAUCUACCGCAGGAAUAAAAACACCAGAAAUUCCUAAAUUUGGCAUAACAGCAGACACCAAAACUCCAGAAUUAAAGAUUAAAAAAGGAAAAGCACUCAAAGGAUCUGCUGAUAUUGAAUUCAAUAUAAAGGAAACGGUUUCUGUACCAAGUGUUGAUAUCAAGACACCGUCGAUUCCUAAACUGGAGGGUCACGUCCAAAUCAAAGACUCGGUUUUACCAUCUGUCGGUGUACCAGAGGUCAAAACACCUAAGCUUGAUGUUAAAGUUCCUAAAACUGAUGUCAAGACUACCAAAUUCGACUUAUCGGAUAUUAAAAUACCAGGAUUUAAAAGUAAAAAAGAUAAAAAAUCAAAACAAACUGAUUUCGAUAUUGAUGUUGAUGAUAAGAUUUCUGUAGAUAUUCCACCUGUAUCAAUACCUAGGGUUGAUAUUGGAAUGCCAUCGAUACCUAAAGUCGAAGGAGAAAUAAAAGUCAAGGACAUAGAUUUACCAGCAAUAAAAGUUCCGGAGUUGAAAGCACCAAAAAUUGAUGUUGAAAAAUCUACCGCAGGAAUAAAAACACCAGAAAUUCCUAAAUUUGGCAUAACAGCAGACGUCAAAACUCCAGAAUUAAAGAUUAAAAAAGGAAAAGCACCCAAGGGAUCUGCUGAUAUCGAGUUCAAUAUAAAGGAAACGGUUUCUGUUGACAUUCCAUCUGUAUCUAUACCAAGUGUUGAUAUUGAAAAACCAUCGAUACCUAAGGCCGAAGGAGAAAUAAAAGUCAAGGACAUGGAUUUACCAGCAAUAAAUGUUCCGGAGUUGAAAGCACCAAAAAUAGAUGUUGAAAAAUCUACCGCAGGAAUAAAAACACCAGAAAUUCCUAAAUUUGGCAUAACAGCAGACACCAAAACUCCAGAAUUAAAGAUUAAAAAAGGAAAAGUACUCAAGGGAUCUGCCGAUAUUGAAUUCAAUAUAAAGGAAACGGUUUCUGUACCAAGUGUUGAUAUCAAGACACCGUCGAUUCCUAUACUGGAGGGUCACGUCCAAGUCAAAGACUCGGUUUUACCAUCUGUCGGUGUACCGGAGGUCAAAACACCUAAGCAUGAUGUUAAAGUUCCUAAAACUGAUGUCAAGACUACCAAAUUCGACUUAUCGGAUAUUAAAAUACCAGGAUUUAAAAGUAAAAAAGAUAAAAAAUCAAAACAAACUGAUUUCGAUAUUGAUGUUGAUGAUAAGAUUUCUGUAGAUAUUCCACCUGUAUCAAUACCUAGUGUUGAUAUUGGAAUGCCAUCGAUACCUAAAGUCGAAGGAGAAAUAAAAGUCAAGGACAUAGAUUUACCAGCAAUAAAAGUUCCGGAGUUGAAAGCACCAAAAAUUGAUGUUGAAAAAUCUACCGCAGGAAUAAAAACACCAGAAAUUCCUAAAUUUGGCAUAACAGCAGACACCAAAACUCCAGAAUUAAAGAUUAAAAAAGGAAAAGCACUCAAAGGAUCUGCUGAUAUUGAAUUCAAUAUAAAGGAAACGGUUUCUGUACCAAGUGUUGAUAUCAAGACACCGUCGAUUCCUAAACUGGAGGGUCACGUCCAAGUCAAAGACUCGGUUUUACCAUCUGUCGGUGUACCGGAGGUCAAAACACCUAAGCUUGAUGUUAAAGUUCCUAAAACUGAUGUCAAGACUACCAAAUUCGACUUAUCGGAUAUUAAAAUACCAGGAUUUAAAAGUAAAAAAGAUAAAAAAUCAAAACAAACUGAUUUCGAUAUUGAUGUUGAUGAUAAGAUUUCUGUAGAUAUUCCACCUGUAUCAAUACCUAGUGUUGAUAUUGGAAUGCCAUCGAUACCUAAAGUCGAAGGAGAAAUAAAAGUCAAGGACAUAGAUUUACCAGCAAUAAAAGUUCCGGAGUUGAAAGCACCAAAAAUUGAUGUUGAAAAAUCUACCGCAGGAAUAAAAACACCAGAAAUUCCUAAAUUUGGCAUAACAGCAGACGUCAAAACUCCAGAAUUAAAGAUUAAAAAAGGAAAAGCACCCAAGGGAUCUGCUGAUAUCGAGUUCAAUAUAAAGGAAACGGUUUCUGUUGACAUUCCAUCUGUAUCUAUACCAAGUGUUGAUAUUGAAAAUACAUCGAUACCUAAGGACGAAGGAGAAAUAAAAGUCAAGGACAUAGAUUUACCAGCAAUAAAUGUUCCGGAGUUGAAAGCACCAAAAAUAGAUGUUGAAAAAUCUACCGCAGGAAUAAAAACACCAGAAAUUCCUAAAUUUGGCAUAACAGCAGACACCAAAACUCCAGAAUUAAAGAUUAAAAAAGGAAAAGCACUCAAAGGAUCUGCUGAUAUUGAAUUCAAUAUAAAGGAAACGGUUUCUGUACCAAGUGUUGAUAUCAAGACACCGUCGAUUCCUAAACUGGAGGGUCACGUCCAAAUCAAAGACUCGGUUUUACCAUCUGUCGGUGUACCAGAGGUCAAAACACCUAAGCUUGAUGUUAAAGUUCCUAAAACUGAUGUCAAGACUACCAAAUUCGACUUAUCGGAUAUUAAAAUACCAGGAUUUAAAAGUAAAAAAGAUAAAAAAUCAAAACAAACUGAUUUCGAUAUUGAUGUUGAUGAUAAGAUUUCUGUAGAUAUUCCACCUGUAUCAAUACCUAGUGUUGAUAUUGGAAUGCCAUCGAUACCUAAAGUCGAAGGAGAAAUAAAAGUCAAGGACAUAGAUUUACCAGCAAUAAAAGUUCCGGAGUUGAAAGCACCAAAAAUUGAUGUUGAAAAAUCUACCGCAGGAAUAAAAACACCAGAAAUUCCUAAAUUUGGCAUAACAGCAGACGUCAAAACUCCAGAAUUAAAGAUUAAAAAAGGAAAAGCACCUAAGGGAUCUGCUGAUAUCGAGUUCAAUAUAAAGGAAACGGUUUCUGUAGACAUUCCAUCUGUAUCUAUACCAAGUGUUGAUAUUGAAAAUACAUCGAUACCUAAGGACGAAGGAGAAAUAAAAGUCAAGGACAUAGAUUUACCAGCAAUAAAUGUUCCGGAGUUGAAAGCACCAAAAAUAGAUGUUGAAAAAUCUACCGCAGGAAUAAAAACACCAGAAAUUCCUAAAUUUGGCAUAACAGCAGACACCAAAACUCCAGAAUUAAAGAUUAAAAAAGGAAAAGCACUCAAAGGAUCUGCUGAUAUUGAAUUCAAUAUAAAGGAAACGGUUUCUGUACCAAGUGUUGAUAUCAAGACACCGUCGAUUCCUAAACUGGAGGGUCACGUCCAAAUCAAAGACUCGGUUUUACCAUCUGUCGGUGUACCAGAGGUCAAAACACCUAAGCUUGAUGUUAAAGUUCCUAAAACUGAUGUCAAGACUACCAAAUUCGACUUAUCGGAUAUUAAAAUACCAGGAUUUAAAAGUAAAAAAGAUAAAAAAUCAAAACAAACUGAUUUCGAUAUUGAUGUUGAUGAUAAGAUUUCUGUAGAUAUUCCACCUGUAUCAAUACCUAGGGUUGAUAUUGGAAUGCCAUCGAUACCUAAAGUCGAAGGAGAAAUAAAAGUCAAGGACAUAGAUUUACCAGCAAUAAAAGUUCCGGAGUUGAAAGCACCAAAAAUUGAUGUUGAAAAAUCUACCGCAGGAAUAAAAACACCAGAAAUUCCUAAAUUUGGCAUAACAGCAGACGUCAAAACUCCAGAAUUAAAGAUUAAAAAAGGAAAAGCACCCAAGGGAUCUGCUGAUAUCGAGUUCAAUAUAAAGGAAACGGUUUCUGUUGACAUUCCAUCUGUAUCUAUACCAAGUGUUGAUAUUGAAAAACCAUCGAUACCUAAGGCCGAAGGAGAAAUAAAAGUCAAGGACAUGGAUUUACCAGCAAUAAAUGUUCCGGAGUUGAAAGCACCAAAAAUAGAUGUUGAAAAAUCUACCGCAGGAAUAAAAACACCAGAAAUUCCUAAAUUUGGCAUAACAGCAGACACCAAAACUCCAGAAUUAAAGAUUAAAAAAGGAAAAGUACUCAAGGGAUCUGCCGAUAUUGAAUUCAAUAUAAAGGAAACGGUUUCUGUACCAAGUGUUGAUAUCAAGACACCGUCGAUUCCUAUACUGGAGGGUCACGUCCAAGUCAAAGACUCGGUUUUACCAUCUGUCGGUGUACCGGAGGUCAAAACACCUAAGCAUGAUGUUAAAGUUCCUAAAACUGAUGUCAAGACUACCAAAUUCGACUUAUCGGAUAUUAAAAUACCAGGAUUUAAAAGUAAAAAAGAUAAAAAAUCAAAACAAACUGAUUUCGAUAUUGAUGUUGAUGAUAAGAUUUCUGUAGAUAUUCCACCUGUAUCAAUACCUAGUGUUGAUAUUGGAAUGCCAUCGAUACCUAAAGUCGAAGGAGAAAUAAAAGUCAAGGACAUAGAUUUACCAGCAAUAAAAGUUCCGGAGUUGAAAGCACCAAAAAUUGAUGUUGAAAAAUCUACCGCAGGAAUAAAAACACCAGAAAUUCCUAAAUUUGGCAUAACAGCAGACACCAAAACUCCAGAAUUAAAGAUUAAAAAAGGAAAAGCACUCAAAGGAUCUGCUGAUAUUGAAUUCAAUAUAAAGGAAACGGUUUCUGUACCAAGUGUUGAUAUCAAGACACCGUCGAUUCCUAAACUGGAGGGUCACGUCCAAGUCAAAGACUCGGUUUUACCAUCUGUCGGUGUACCGGAGGUCAAAACACCUAAGCUUGAUGUUAAAGUUCCUAAAACUGAUGUCAAGACUACCAAAUUCGACUUAUCGGAUAUUAAAAUACCAGGAUUUAAAAGUAAAAAAGAUAAAAAAUCAAAACAAACUGAUUUCGAUAUUGAUGUUGAUGAUAAGAUUUCUGUAGAUAUUCCACCUGUAUCAAUACCUAGUGUUGAUAUUGGAAUGCCAUCGAUACCUAAAGUCGAAGGAGAAAUAAAAGUCAAGGACAUAGAUUUACCAGCAAUAAAAGUUCCGGAGUUGAAAGCACCAAAAAUUGAUGUUGAAAAAUCUACCGCAGGAAUAAAAACACCAGAAAUUCCUAAAUUUGGCAUAACAGCAGACACCAAAACUCCAGAAUUAAAGAUUAAAAAAGGAAAAGCACUCAAAGGAUCUGCUGAUAUUGAAUUCAAUAUAAAGGAAACGGUUUCUGUACCAAGUGUUGAUAUCAAGACACCGUCGAUUCCUAAACUGGAGGGUCACGUCCAAAUCAAAGACUCGGUUUUACCAUCUGUCGGUGUACCAGAGGUCAAAACACCUAAGCUUGAUGUUAAAGUUCCUAAAACUGAUGUCAAGACUACCAAAUUCGACUUAUCGGAUAUUAAAAUACCAGGAUUUAAAAGUAAAAAAGAUAAAAAAUCAAAACAAACUGAUUUCGAUAUUGAUGUUGAUGAUAAGAUUUCUGUAGAUAUUCCACCUGUAUCAAUACCUAGGGUUGAUAUUGGAAUGCCAUCGAUACCUAAAGUCGAAGGAGAAAUAAAAGUCAAGGACAUAGAUUUACCAGCAAUAAAAGUUCCGGAGUUGAAAGCACCAAAAAUUGAUGUUGAAAAAUCUACCGCAGGAAUAAAAACACCAGAAAUUCCUAAAUUUGGCAUAACAGCAGACGUCAAAACUCCAGAAUUAAAGAUUAAAAAAGGAAAAGCACCCAAGGGAUCUGCUGAUAUCGAGUUCAAUAUAAAGGAAACGGUUUCUGUUGACAUUCCAUCUGUAUCUAUACCAAGUGUUGAUAUUGAAAAACCAUCGAUACCUAAGGCCGAAGGAGAAAUAAAAGUCAAGGACAUGGAUUUACCAGCAAUAAAUGUUCCGGAGUUGAAAGCACCAAAAAUAGAUGUUGAAAAAUCUACCGCAGGAAUAAAAACACCAGAAAUUCCUAAAUUUGGCAUAACAGCAGACACCAAAACUCCAGAAUUAAAGAUUAAAAAAGGAAAAGUACUCAAGGGAUCUGCCGAUAUUGAAUUCAAUAUAAAGGAAACGGUUUCUGUACCAAGUGUUGAUAUCAAGACACCGUCGAUUCCUAUACUGGAGGGUCACGUCCAAGUCAAAGACUCGGUUUUACCAUCUGUCGGUGUACCGGAGGUCAAAACACCUAAGCAUGAUGUUAAAGUUCCUAAAACUGAUGUCAAGACUACCAAAUUCGACUUAUCGGAUAUUAAAAUACCAGGAUUUAAAAGUAAAAAAGAUAAAAAAUCAAAACAAACUGAUUUCGAUAUUGAUGUUGAUGAUAAGAUUUCUGUAGAUAUUCCACCUGUAUCAAUACCUAGUGUUGAUAUUGGAAUGCCAUCGAUACCUAAAGUCGAAGGAGAAAUAAAAGUCAAGGACAUAGAUUUACCAGCAAUAAAAGUUCCGGAGUUGAAAGCACCAAAAAUUGAUGUUGAAAAAUCUACCGCAGGAAUAAAAACACCAGAAAUUCCUAAAUUUGGCAUAACAGCAGACACCAAAACUCCAGAAUUAAAGAUUAAAAAAGGAAAAGCACUCAAAGGAUCUGCUGAUAUUGAAUUCAAUAUAAAGGAAACGGUUUCUGUACCAAGUGUUGAUAUCAAGACACCGUCGAUUCCUAAACUGGAGGGUCACGUCCAAGUCAAAGACUCGGUUUUACCAUCUGUCGGUGUACCGGAGGUCAAAACACCUAAGCUUGAUGUUAAAGUUCCUAAAACUGAUGUCAAGACUACCAAAUUCGACUUAUCGGAUAUUAAAAUACCAGGAUUUAAAAGUAAAAAAGAUAAAAAAUCAAAACAAACUGAUUUCGAUAUUGAUGUUGAUGAUAAGAUUUCUGUAGAUAUUCCACCUGUAUCAAUACCUAGUGUUGAUAUUGGAAUGCCAUCGAUACCUAAAGUCGAAGGAGAAAUAAAAGUCAAGGACAUAGAUUUACCAGCAAUAAAAGUUCCGGAGUUGAAAGCACCAAAAAUUGAUGUUGAAAAAUCUACCGCAGGAAUAAAAACACCAGAAAUUCCUAAAUUUGGCAUAACAGCAGACGUCAAAACUCCAGAAUUAAAGAUUAAAAAAGGAAAAGCACCCAAGGGAUCUGCUGAUAUCGAGUUCAAUAUAAAGGAAACGGUUUCUGUUGACAUUCCAUCUGUAUCUAUACCAAGUGUUGAUAUUGAAAAUACAUCGAUACCUAAGGACGAAGGAGAAAUAAAAGUCAAGGACAUAGAUUUACCAGCAAUAAAUGUUCCGGAGUUGAAAGCACCAAAAAUAGAUGUUGAAAAAUCUACCGCAGGAAUAAAAACACCAGAAAUUCCUAAAUUUGGCAUAACAGCAGACACCAAAACUCCAGAAUUAAAGAUUAAAAAAGGAAAAGCACUCAAAGGAUCUGCUGAUAUUGAAUUCAAUAUAAAGGAAACGGUUUCUGUACCAAGUGUUGAUAUCAAGACACCGUCGAUUCCUAAACUGGAGGGUCACGUCCAAAUCAAAGACUCGGUUUUACCAUCUGUCGGUGUACCAGAGGUCAAAACACCUAAGCUUGAUGUUAAAGUUCCUAAAACUGAUGUCAAGACUACCAAAUUCGACUUAUCGGAUAUUAAAAUACCAGGAUUUAAAAGUAAAAAAGAUAAAAAAUCAAAACAAACUGAUUUCGAUAUUGAUGUUGAUGAUAAGAUUUCUGUAGAUAUUCCACCUGUAUCAAUACCUAGUGUUGAUAUUGGAAUGCCAUCGAUACCUAAAGUCGAAGGAGAAAUAAAAGUCAAGGACAUAGAUUUACCAGCAAUAAAAGUUCCGGAGUUGAAAGCACCAAAAAUUGAUGUUGAAAAAUCUACCGCAGGAAUAAAAACACCAGAAAUUCCUAAAUUUGGCAUAACAGCAGACGUCAAAACUCCAGAAUUAAAGAUUAAAAAAGAAAAAGCACCCAAGGGAUCUGCUGAUAUCGAGUUCAAUAUAAAGGAAACGGUUUCUGUUGACAUUCCAUCUGUAUCUAUACCAAGUGUUGAUAUUGAAAAACCAUCGAUACCUAAGGCCGAAGGAGAAAUAAAAGUCAAGGACAUAGAUUUACCAGCAAUAAAAGUUCCGGAGUUGAAAGCACCAAAAAUAGAUGUUGAAAAAUCUACCGCAGGAAUAAAAACACCAGAAAUUCCUAAAUUUGGCAUAACAGCAGACACCAAAACUCCAGAAUUAAAGAUUAAAAAAGGAAAAGCACUCAAGGGAUCUGCUGAUAUUGAAUUCAAUAUAAAGGAAACGGUUUAUGUACCAAGUGUUGAUAUCAAGACACCGUCGAUUCCUAUACUGGAGGGUCACGUCCAAGUCAAAGACUCGGUUUUACCAUCUGUCGGUGUACCGGAGGUCAAAACACCUAAGCUUGAUGUUAAAGUUCCUAAAACUGAUGUCAAGACUACCAAAUUCGACUUAUCGGAUAUUAAAAUACCAGGAUUUAAAAGUAAAAAAGAUAAAAAAUCAAAACAAACUGAUUUCGAUAUUGAUGUUGAUGAUAAGAUUUCUGUAGAUAUUCCACCUGUAUCAAUACCUAGUGUUGAUAUUGGAAUGCCAUCGAUACCGAAAGUCGAAGGAGAAAUAAAAGUCAAGGACACAGAUUUACCAGCAAUAAAAGUUCCGGAGUUGAAAGCUCCAAAACCAGAUGUUGAAAAAUCUACCGCAGGAAUAAAAACACCAGAAAUUCUUAAAUUUGGCAUAACAGCAGACACCAAAACUCCAGAAUUAAAGAUUAAAAAAGGAAAAGCACUCAAGGGAUCUGCUGAUAUUGAAUUCAAUAUAAAGGAAACGGUUUCUGUACCAAGUGUUGAUAUCAAGACACCGUCGAUUCCUAUACUGGAGGGUCACGUUCAAGUCAAAGACUCGGUUUUACCAUCUGUCGGUGUACCGGAGGUCAAAACACCUAAGCUUGAUGUUAAAGUUCCUAAAACUGAUGUCAAGACUACCAAAUUCGACUUAUCGGAUAUUAAAAUACCAGGAUUUAAAAGUAAAAAAGAUAAAAAAUCAAAACAAACUGAUUUCGAUAUUGAUGUUGAUGAUAAGAUUUCUGUAGAUAUUCCACCUGUAUCAAUACCUAGUGUUGAUAUUGGAAUGCCAUCGAUACCUAAAGUCGAAGGAGAAAUAAAAGUCAAGGACAUAGAUUUACCAGCAAUAAAAGUUCCGGAGUUGAAAGCACCAAAAAUUGAUGUUGAAAAAUCUACCGCAGGAAUAAAAACACCAGAAAUUCCUAAAUUUGGCAUAACAGCAGACGUCAAAACUCCAGAAUUAAAGAUUAAAAAAGGAAAAGCACCCAAGGGAUCUGCUGAUAUCGAGUUCAAUAUAAAGGAAACGGUUUCUGUUGACAUUCCAUCUGUAUCUAUACCAAGUGUUGAUAUUGAAAAUACAUCGAUACCUAAGGACGAAGGAGAAAUAAAAGUCAAGGACAUAGAUUUACCAGCAAUAAAUGUUCCGGAGUUGAAAGCACCAAAAAUAGAUGUUGAAAAAUCUACCGCAGGAAUAAAAACACCAGAAAUUCCUAAAUUUGGCAUAACAGCAGACACCAAAACUCCAGAAUUAAAGAUUAAAAAAGGAAAAGCACUCAAAGGAUCUGCUGAUAUUGAAUUCAAUAUAAAGGAAACGGUUUCUGUACCAAGUGUUGAUAUCAAGACACCGUCGAUUCCUAAACUGGAGGGUCACGUCCAAAUCAAAGACUCGGUUUUACCAUCUGUCGGUGUACCAGAGGUCAAAACACCUAAGCUUGAUGUUAAAGUUCCUAAAACUGAUGUCAAGACUACCAAAUUCGACUUAUCGGAUAUUAAAAUACCAGGAUUUAAAAGUAAAAAAGAUAAAAAAUCAAAACAAACUGAUUUCGAUAUUGAUGUUGAUGAUAAGAUUUCUGUAGAUAUUCCACCUGUAUCAAUACCUAGUGUUGAUAUUGGAAUGCCAUCGAUACCUAAAGUCGAAGGAGAAAUAAAAGUCAAGGACAUAGAUUUACCAGCAAUAAAAGUUCCGGAGUUGAAAGCACCAAAAAUUGAUGUUGAAAAAUCUACCGCAGGAAUAAAAACACCAGAAAUUCCUAAAUUUGGCAUAACAGCAGACGUCAAAACUCCAGAAUUAAAGAUUAAAAAAGAAAAAGCACCCAAGGGAUCUGCUGAUAUCGAGUUCAAUAUAAAGGAAACGGUUUCUGUUGACAUUCCAUCUGUAUCUAUACCAAGUGUUGAUAUUGAAAAACCAUCGAUACCUAAGGCCGAAGGAGAAAUAAAAGUCAAGGACAUAGAUUUACCAGCAAUAAAAGUUCCGGAGUUGAAAGCACCAAAAAUAGAUGUUGAAAAAUCUACCGCAGGAAUAAAAACACCAGAAAUUCCUAAAUUUGGCAUAACAGCAGACACCAAAACUCCAGAAUUAAAGAUUAAAAAAGGAAAAGCACUCAAGGGAUCUGCUGAUAUUGAAUUCAAUAUAAAGGAAACGGUUUAUGUACCAAGUGUUGAUAUCAAGACACCGUCGAUUCCUAUACUGGAGGGUCACGUCCAAGUCAAAGACUCGGUUUUACCAUCUGUCGGUGUACCGGAGGUCAAAACACCUAAGCUUGAUGUUAAAGUUCCUAAAACUGAUGUCAAGACUACCAAAUUCGACUUAUCGGAUAUUAAAAUACCAGGAUUUAAAAGUAAAAAAGAUAAAAAAUCAAAACAAACUGAUUUCGAUAUUGAUGUUGAUGAUAAGAUUUCUGUAGAUAUUCCACCUGUAUCAAUACCUAGUGUUGAUAUUGGAAUGCCAUCGAUACCGAAAGUCGAAGGAGAAAUAAAAGUCAAGGACACAGAUUUACCAGCAAUAAAAGUUCCGGAGUUGAAAGCUCCAAAACCAGAUGUUGAAAAAUCUACCGCAGGAAUAAAAACACCAGAAAUUCUUAAAUUUGGCAUAACAGCAGACACCAAAACUCCAGAAUUAAAGAUUAAAAAAGGAAAAGCACUCAAGGGAUCUGCUGAUAUUGAAUUCAAUAUAAAGGAAACGGUUUCUGUACCAAGUGUUGAUAUCAAGACACCGUCGAUUCCUAUACUGGAGGGUCACGUUCAAGUCAAAGACUCGGUUUUACCAUCUGUCGGUGUACCGGAGGUCAAAACACCUAAGCUUGAUGUUAAAGUUCCUAAAACUGAUGUCAAGACUACCAAAUUCGACUUAUCGGAUAUUAAAAUACCAGGAUUUAAAAGUAAAAAAGAUAAAAAAUCAAAACAAACUACUGAUCUCGAUAUUAAAGUCGAUGAAAAGAAAUCUGUUAAUCUCCCGUCACCAAUUUUUGACGUGAAAACAUCUUCAAUACCAUUUAUUGAAGCUGUUAUACAAAUCAAGGAGAAUGAAUCCAUCAAACAUUCGAUCGAAGAGGAAGGCGUGGAAUUACCAUCAAACAAUAUGAAAGUUCAAACAGCAGAGUAUGAUAAAAAAAAUGUAUCUAACAUGGAAAUAAAUUCGGAUAUCAAAACAUCCAAAUUUGGAGUGCCUGUUGUUCCGGGAUACAACAUUAAUAAAGAAAUAUACUCAAAAACAUCAGCUGCUUCCAGUAUUAACGUUCAGGAUGUAAUAUCAAAAAAUAUUCCUUCAUUAUUAUUACCUAACAUUUUUGUCCCGAAAAAUAAUGACAAAUCUGAUGGUAUCGAAAUACUUAAGCCUUUAGCAUCUGAAAUUCUGGUUAGUCAAACCGGAACUGUUUCCCCUUGGAAAUCACGAAAGGUUAUUAGACGUAUCAUUAUCAUCGAUGGAGAAGAGAUUGAGGUAGAAGAGAUAAUUGAUGAGCCUGAAAAUGGAACACCAGUUAAAAGUAUACUGAGAAAAACAAUCAGGAACGGCGAGGAAGUUGUUGAGAAUAUAAUCGAUCCAGAGGAAAUCGAAAAGAUCUUACGCUUGUCUGCUCUCAACGAAAACGUAAAGAAUACUAGUGAAAGUGUCACAACUACAAGAACGCGUAGAAUAAUUAGGCGAACAAUUAUUGUCGACGGAAAAGAGUCUGUUGUAGAAGAGGAAAUUGACGAACCCGGUAUUGACGAAAUAUCAGAUAGGGUUAUUCUUAAAUCGUUCAGUGACGGACUAGAUGAAGUAGGCCAGCUAGUAAAUCUCGAUAAUGUCCAAAAAUCGUUUUCUGUGCAAACAUCUAACAGUGACGUGGUAACUGAGCCAAAUUUAAUAACGAAAACUAUUACCAGGAGAGUUAUAAAGCGUAUAAUAAUGGUGGAUGGAAAAGAAAAGGUUGUAGAGGAGGUAGUGGACGGACUGGAAAAUCUUGGUUUAACUGAAUCAUUGCAGAGUGAAAUUAAAAAAGAUGACAAAGAAAGUUACGACAUUACCACAUAUCCCCAUGAUAUCGGUACAAAUAGGAAUUCUGAAUUUAUAAACGAAACUCAAACCGAUAACAUUAUUACAACAGUAACAACACGAAGAAUAACACGACGAGUAAUAAUUGUGGAUGGUAAAGAGACAUUUGUAGAGGAGGAAGUUAAUGAACCUGAUGCAUGUGAUAUUACGGAUUUGAGUGAGAUACAAAAAGAUAAUGGGAAAACAGUUGAAAUAUAUGAAGAGCCAGUAGUGUUAGAUAACAUUGAAAAUGAUAAGACCCAAUCAGUAACCACCCGUACGAUUAAAAGAAUACGAAAAAUAAUAAAGCGCAUAAAAAUAGUAGAUGGAAAAGAAAAAGUGGUAGAGGAAAUUUUAGAUGAACCAGUUGACGAGCACAUAAUAGACAAAUUACACGAAUUGAAAGACUCCAGUGAUUUCCGACAAGAUAAAACUGCAGAUUUCAAUAUAAAUAUCGAUAACAAAAAACUGCCAGAAUCGGUAUCUUCUGACAUCGAUGAUAUAAAUAAUAUUAAACGCACAAACAUACAGGUACCAGACAUCAAAUUUAAAAAAGAAUCGACCGAUAUUGACUAUGACAUAAAAGAGAAUAUAACUGUUGGAAAAUCGAUUGCAACACCUAGUGUCGAAAUUGAAAUGCCAUCGAUACCUAAAGUCGAAGGAGAAAUUAAAGUCAAGGACAUAGAUUUACCAGCAAUACAAGUUCCGGAGUUGACAGCACCAAAAAUAGAUAUUGAAAAAUCUACCGCAGGAAUAAAAACACCAGAAAUUCCUAAAUUUGGCAUAACAGCAGACAUCAAAACUCCAAAAUUCAAGAUUAAAAAAGGAAAAGCACCCAAGGGAUCUGCUGAUAUUGAAUUCAAUAUAAAGGAAACGGUUUCUGUACCAAGUGUUGAUAUCAAGACACCGUCGAUUCCUAAACUGGAGGGUCACGUCCAAGUCAAGGACUCGGUUUUACCAUCUGUCGGUGUACCGGAGGUCAAAAAACCUAAGCUUGAUGUUAAAGUUCCUAAAACUGAUGUCAAGACCACCAAAUUUGACUUAUCGGAUAUUAAAAUACCAGGAUUUAAAAGUAAAAAAGAUAAAAAAGCAAAACAAAUUACUGAUUUCGAUAUUGAUGUUGAUGAUACGAUUUCUAUAGAUAUUCCACCUGUAUCAAUACCUAGUGUUGAUAUUGGAAUGCCAUCGAUACCUAAAGUCGAAGGAGAAAUAAAAGUCAAGGACACAGAUCUACCAGCAAUAAAAGUUCCGGAGUUGAAAGCUCCAAAACCAGAUGUUGAAAAAUCUACCACAGGAAUAAAAACACCAGAAAUUCCUAAAUUUGGCAUAACAGCAGACAUCAAAACUCCAGAAUUAAAGAUUAAAAAAGGAAAAGCACCCAAAGGAUCUGCUGAUAUCGAGGUUAACAUAAAGGAAAAGGUGUCUGUUGACAUUCCAUCUGUAUCUGUACCAAGUGUUGAUAUAGAAAAACCAUCGAUACCUAAGGUCGAAGGAGAAAUAAAAGUCAAGGACAUAGAUUUACCAGCAAUAAAAGUUCCGGAGUUGAAAGCACCAAAAAUAGAUGUUGAAAAAUCUACAGCAGGAAUAAAAACACCAGAAAUUCCUAAAUUUGGCAUAACAGCAGACAUCAAAACUCCAGAAUUAAAGAUUAAAAAAGGAAAAGCACCCAAGGGAUCUGCUGAUAUUAAAUUCAAUAUAAAGGAAAAGGUGUCUGUUGACAUUCCAUCUGUAUCUAUACCAAGUGUUGAUAUUGGAAAACCAUCGAUACCUAAACUGGAGGAUCACGUCCAAGUCAAAAACACGGUUUUACCAUCUAUUAGUGUACCAGAGGUUAAAACACCUAUGCUAGAUGUUAAAGUUCCUAAAACUGAUGUCAAGACUACCAAAUUCGACUUAUCGGAUAUUAAAAUACCAGGAUUUAAAAGUAAAAAUGAUAAAAAAUCAAAUCAAUCAACUGAUUUCGAUAUUAAUGUUGAUGAUAAGAUUUCUGUAGACAUUCCACCUGUAUCAAUACCUAGUGUUGAUAUUGGAAUGCCAUCGAUACCUAAUGUUGAAGGAGAAAUAAAAGUCAAGGACAUAGAUAUGCCAGCACUCAACGUUCCGGGGUUGAAUGCACCAAAACUGGAUGGUGGAAAAUCUACCGCAGGAAUUACAACACCAGAAAUCCCUAAAUUUGACAUAACAGCAGAUAUCAAAUCUCCAGAAAUAAAGAUUAAAAAAGGAAAGGCACCCAAGGGAUCUGCUGAUAUUGAAUUCAAUAUAAAGGAAACGGUUUCUGUUGGAAUUUCAUCAGUUUCCGUACCUGGUAUUAAUAUCAAAACUCCAUCCAGUUCUAGACUGGAGGGUCAUGUCCAAGUCGAAGACACCGAUGUACCAGGAGUCAAAACUGAUGUUUCAAUCGAAAAUAUUCCGGAUCUGGACAUCGAUGAACGAAAGCUAAUCCAAGAACCAGAAUAUGUUGACAAAGAAGAAACAAAUCUAUUGGUAAAUCCAAUCACAAAUGCUCCAUCAUUUUUAAGUAAAUUGCGAAAAGGUCUAAAAAUGUCUACGUCGAAGACGAACAUAAAAUUAAAAAACAAGGGUGAUACCGAACCCUUAGGAUCAGACGAUACAACGAAAUCGUUGUUGAACGAUUUUAUUGAAAAUGAACGGGAGAGUACCGUUGUACAAUAUUUACCAGCAACUGAUGAUAAUUCUGGAAUCGACGCUCUUGGAUACGAAGAAAGUUCAAAAACACCAAUUGAAGAAGGAAAAUCUAUUGUACCGCAAAAUAAUGAUGGUACCGAAAUAUUUAAGCCUUUAUCAUCUGAAAUUCUGAUCAAUCAAACGGGAACGGUCUCCUCGGGGAAAUCACGAAUGGUUGUUAGACGCUUCAUUAUCAUAGAUGGAAAAGAGAUUGAGGUAGAAGAGAUAAUUGAUGAGCCUGAAUAUGGAGCACCAGUUAAAAGUAUCUUGAGAAAAACAAUCAGGAACGGCGAGGAAGUUGUUGAGAAUAUUAUCGAACCAGAGGAAAUCGAAAAGAUCUUACGGUUGUCUGUUCUCAACGAUAACGUAAAGAAUACUAGUGAAAGUGUCACAACUACAAGAAUGCGUAGAAUCAUUAAGCGAACAAUUAUUGUCGACGGAAAAGAGUCCGUAGUAGAAGAGGAAAUUGACGAACCCAGUGCUGUAAAAAUAACAGAUUCUUGUGAUGAGCCUUGCGUUGAAAACUCUUUAUUAAAGUCAGGUUCAAUGAAUAUGGUAUUAAAGAAGGUGAUAAGUGAUAGUGGUAGAAUGAAUUUUGUGAUGGAAAUGGUUGACGAUCAAUUACCAAUAGGAAAAACUAUAAAAUUAAAUGACUUGUCUAUUUUGUCCCAUCACCUUAAUAGUAUUAAAAAUAAUAUUUUGAGAUCAGACAACAAAAAUAAAUAUAGAAUGUAUUCUAUAUUAUUUGAGGACAUUUGGGAGUUAUUGGAUGUUAUCACAUUCUACUGCACAAAACAGAAAAAAUUCAGUGAUGCUGACUUGGAAUUUUGCUUGGAGGAACCUAUAAACUCAAAGCCAAUUUUGAAUCAAAUUGAAUCUGUCAUUAAAGAAGUAUCUAACAUAAAAGAAAAACAUGCAAGUACAAAUGAUGAAUUUGCACAAAUUAAAUCGAUGAUGGAAAAACUCCAAAAUAAAACAAAAGAAGUUAAACGUCAAAUUGAUACUUUCAACGAUGAUGCUGAUUUAGUGGAUUGGCAGAAUCAAAUAUUUGCAAUUGAAAAUGUUCAUAAAAAAAUAGAUCAAUUUAAGUCAGAAUUUGAACAAAUAAAAAAAGGAAAAUCAUCAUAUGAAGAAAAACUUCGAAAAUUGGAAAUACUAUCCGCUCAUAAUCAAUUAGUCAUUGAAGAAUUAUUUGAUAUUAUAAGUAUUUACAAAAAGAAAUGCAACUCAAAAAAUAAAUUACCAGACGACACAUAUAAAUUUUUAAGAACUGCUAACAAACUAGAUAAAGAAUUGGGAAAUACAACCAAAUUUUUUAUUGAUGAAAUCGAAAAAGAUAACUUCACCAAUUUUAACUCCAAACAAUUAGAAUUGGUGUGUGGAGCUGUAAACAAUUCUAAUGAAAAUACAAUUAAAUAUUAUAACAUCAAACAUAUUCUGGAGGACCUUGACAAAUAUCACCACGUCACUACAAAACUGAUAAAAUUAAAGACUUUAUCGGAAUCUCAGAAACCUGAUAAAAACGUAAUAAAACAAUUGGAAACGGAACUGAAUAAUACGCAGUUAAAUAUAAAAAAACUUCUAUCCAUUCAGAAUGAGUGGACUCGUUUAGAAGAUAUUUUAACGGCCGAACAAAAAUGGUUAGAUGAAGUUGGAGUGUCCAUUCUUGACCUCACGAAAAUAACGUCAAUAAAUUACGUUCAAACACUAUCUAACACACAAAAUACAAUCACAGAUGUAGCUAUUCAUUACGACAAACUUAUAUAUUUGAAGGACAUUAUAGAAAAAAUCCAGAAUCAAAUCGAUGUGAAACCGCUAUUGUAUGUUUGUGAACAGCAUACAAAUGAUACAUUCAAAUUAAAAAACAAUUUAAGGGCAAAAGAAAUACGCUUGAUAACAUUUAAGAAACAAUUUUACAAGUACAGUGAACUCAAGAACAACGUUGAGUUGAGUUUGUCACGCAUUACAUCAAAUUUGGAAGAUAUUACACCAAAUCGAGAAAUCGUCGAGAACAAUAUAAUUCAAUCCGAGUUGGAGAUUGUAGAAGAAUCUAUUAGAACUUGUUCCGAUAGUUUAAAUGAAUCACUCGAUAUUUUGCCUAUAUCCGAUGGACAAAGCGAAAUCGAAACUAUGGGAUCACUUGCGACAGAAUGUAAGGCAUUAAAAGAUAAACUGCAUAAAAUAAGGUCUACUGUGGACAACUGUGAUGUUUCAAAAAUAUUUAAACGCCUUGAAACUGCUUUAGAAAAACCGAAAGACACAUUAUUAGACCAUAUUAAGACACUCAAAGGUGUUUCGUACGAAGUAAGCGCUAUCGAAAGCCUUGAGAACAGUGGCCAACAAUUAAGCGCCUUCCAAAGUCAAUGCAACAGCCAACUAAAAGAUUAUUCGGAUUUAAAUGGCAAAAUUGAAACUUUGCGUAAUACUCUAUUCGAGCUAACUAACGACAUAAACAAUUCUGAUUUCACUUUGUCAGAAUUGGAAAACGAAUCACAUAAAGACAGGCACACUUCCGAAACAGCAAUAUGCAAAACGUAUCAUCAAGUUUCGGACAAUAUGAAAAACAUGCAACAAAUGCUGUCAUCUAUUUCUCAACAGUUAAAACAAUUAAAAGAUGGUCUUAAGCACUUUAAAAAAGACAGAAAAUCGUUGGAAUCCGAAGUGAAUGAAGUUGAAAAACAGUAUAAACUAUUAAAAACAAAACAUCAAAGUGUACUUAAAACGUUGGAAAAUAAAUGCAAUUAUUGGACAAUGGUCGACGAGCUGUUACUAAAAAUUAGAAUAAAAAAUAACCAUAUAAACAAUUUAACUAUAAUUCCACUGGACUCGGACACGCUAGUGGGCAAACAUUUAGAAGCAAUAUUGAAGCACCUCAAGGAUGUACGCAGCUCUUACGAUAAAGAGAAUAAAGCUAUUUUGGCUGACAUUGAAUCCCUGCGUAGAAAAGGAGACAAAGAGCAAAUCGACGAAAUAAUUGACGGUGAUCAGACGCAAUGGAACGACACCGGGGUGGCAGUUAAACAAUUGGUAGAACGUUAUGAAAAGGCAUCGAAAACGCUACACAGUUAUCAACAACUAAGAGAAUCUACAAAUGAUUGGUUGAAUGGUAAGCUUUUGUCAAUUGAAACUACCGAAGAUGUAUCGGACAAGACAAAGUCAAUUGAUAAACAACAAGAAAAUCUGGUCGAAUUACGGAACAUGAUAACGGACGUGUCCGAAACUAUUGGACUAAAUCCUGAUGACGUGCCGCUAAACGAAAUCGAAGAACUGAGUUUGAAACUUGAGAAAGUCCAAAAAGUUCUCGCCGCACUCGGAGAUGUUGCGGACAAAAAGAACAAAAUGUCGGACGACAUCGAAGAUGCGAAACGACUUUUGCAUGAUAUCGAAAAAAAUUCAUCAAAAGCCAUCAAGAACAAUGACGAGAACCUAAAAGAAUUAAGAACUAAAUUAUUAGACUUAAACAAAUCGAAAAAAGAAAUGGACGAAUCUUUUGACAUAGAUAACUUUGAAAUACCUCUAAGUGAAAAACGAACAUACUCUAUAAUCGAAGUAUUCCAGCUCUGGCAACAAAUAUUCAAAGAAACUUUCAAUCAAUAUCGUAGAUUAUCGUGUACUUUACUUGAAAACGAAAACAAUGUCGCUGUAUUUGAACUAUGGCACGACUAUUUGAUGUAUAUACAAGAAUUUUUAAAAUCUCCUGUUCCGGGUGACUACCAUUCACUAACAAGUCAUGAACGACUUUGUCAAGUACACCAAGAAGUAUUGAUCAGUCAGAUGGAUACUAUACCCAAUUGUAUGAAUAAGCCAGACAUCAUAUCUGAGCCAGCAGUAUUGGAAAGAUUUACAUCUUUGAUGGAUUUACACAAUGAAACCAUGACAGACCUCGAAAACACUCAUCAAGAAGUGUGGACCAAACUAGGCCACUGGAAAGAAUACCGAACAAAUGUUAAAAAGGUAUAUGAAUGGCUAUGGAAGGUUGAAAAAGUUCAUUCAAAUUUAAAUCUUAAAUUCAUCAACACUAGAAGGCUGCCACAACUAAAAUCUCAAAUAAGUAAUCUAUUAAAUAAUUUGGCUGUGGAACGUUCUCAAAUCGAUGACUUGGAAAAACGUCAAAAUACUAUCUUUGCGUUCUGUGAUAAGCCUACGGAAACCGGCUACAGAAAAGAACUGAUAGCAAUUAGUCAACGAGUCAACGAGAUCCAGGCAUCGUUGGAAGUUUGGAAUGGAUACCUAGAAAACGUAGAAAAACUUACAACCUCUUUUGACGUUCAAAGCGUGGAAGUAGAUCAAGUAUUGCAAAAUGUGCAAACUAAACUUGAUACACUGAAACGUGAAUUUGGUUCUAACGAGGAUAUAGUGCCAUCUGAUAAACUGAAGUCAGAGUCCAAUAAAAUACAGGAAUUAAAUAACAGCUUGAAACAAUUAGAUCCACAAUUCACAUCUACUACUGAUAUACGAGACAAGUUAAAAGAUUCAUUAGAUCCUAUAGAAAUUCGUUCAUUUGGACAAAAACUUAGGUUUUUAGUAUAUCAUCAAAAAGAUUUGCAAUAUCAAUUGUUUUUGUACUCAUGUCAAAUAGACAAUUUGUUAUAUAAACCUCAAGAAUUCACUCAUAGAUACACUAGAUUUAGGAACUGGACUGUUGAUACCGAAACUCAGUUGAAAAAUUUAACUAAAUCCUUGAAAGAUCCGCAGUUCGCUAUUGAUGUGUUGAAACCCGAAUUUGAAUCUCAGAUUAAUUCUAAACAAAAAGAAUUUAAUUGGUUAAACGGAGCCGGUAGUCAACUAAUUAAAGCAGAAUCGCAACUAAAUCCUCAACUAGCAAAAACUACUGAAUCUAACUUAAAAGAAAUCAACGAAAACUGGAAUAAUUUAAAUAGUUCAUUGUACAAAUAUACUAUCGAAUUGCCUACAACGAUUUUGAAUACAAAUAAAUUAUUCGAUAAAAUCAAUAUCUUCAAAAUUUGGAUCAGCGACUUUGAAUCAAAAAUACACAGCCCAAUCGUUUUUAACGAUCGUUCAGAAUACAACUUAAAAGAAGAAUUGAAAUCUUUAGAUGCAUUAAGUAAUAUGUAUAAAGAAAAACAAGGAGAAUAUAACGAAUUAAUGGCUAAUUGUAAUGAACAAUUAAAAAAUGAUAAGAACACAAAUGAUUCUGCAGAUACCACUCAAGAUUUGCAGUGUCCACCGAAGACAUUGCCAAUCAGUUGGAAGAACCUAGAAAACAAAAUUAGUGACAAACGUGUUCGGGUAUUAAACGCAUGGGAGGAACUGCAAACCAUACUUGGUUUAAUCGAUGUAGAUACCAAAUGGCUGAGUCGGUUAAAUAUUUCCGUUGAAGAACAUAAAAAAAAGAAAUUUAUAGAACAUAAAAGUUUGUCUGGCUUGAUCAGUAAUUUUGAACAGGAACAACAAACCGCAAAAGACAAGUUUUCGAAAUUAGAACUUGCUGUGUCUAUAUCUCGUUCUACAUAUUUCGCAAAGUUCAUUGACGAAGAAAUAGAAAUAAUUAGUAGAAAUCGAAAUUCUCUGUUGGAACAAAUCGAUAUGAUACUUAUCUCUCUUAAAAAAUCGUUAACAUUGUGGAAAGAUUUCGUCAAUGCACAUGGAAGAGCGGUAGUGACCCUGACCCAAGUCGAUACCAAACUAAUUCAACUCGAGUUGUUAGAAAAAGGUGAUAAUGCUGACGAAGGAAGUGCUCGUGUUAUGGAGAAAGACCUUGGAAAUUUGCAGAUAUUAGAAAUGGAGUUAAAAAAAUACGGAGGACUUCUCGAGAAAGCAGAUGCACUAGGUCUGCAAUUGAUGACUAAUAGUACUCCUGAGGAUAUAAAAAAUAUUCAAGAAAUGAUUGACGAGUACCAACUUUUAUGGAAGGAUAUCAACAAUCGUAUUGAAAAAUUGAAGAUGACGUGUGUUCAAGAAACUUCGUGUAGAAAGAAGCGGUCGGUAAACGAAGAAGUUCAAGUAGAAACAUUAAAGUUUGGCAAAGAUUCACAAGUGCAAGUCGACACUCUUCCUACCGAAUUGCUCAGAAAAGACUCAUUCCAAUACGAAUUACAAACGGCGAUAGCGAACGCUAAUACCAACUUAAACGAGUUAGAAUUAGCUAUACAAAAAUCUGACAAGAACUUGUCGAAAAAUAUUGCGACGUGUCAAAUGUCCAUAGACCUGAUCAAACAUCUCAGCGUCAUAUUAAAAACACAGUGUGGAGUGUCAGAGUCCGACAUAACCAUAGUCAGGUCUGAAGAGUUAUUGACCAAAUACGAGGAACUUCUUGUAAAAUUCCGUUCACAGCAGCAAGUCGGUCCACCAAAAACUAGCAGUUCGGUGAUGUGUCCACUGUGCUCUGAACAAAACUGGUCACAGUUCGAGAACGACAUGUGGCGCUUAGAACACUGGAUACAGUCAACUGAAGCUAAGCUCAGCGUCCAACCGAUGGUACCACCAUCGAAGAUCGAACAACUAGAAGACGUCAUACAGGAGCACAGAGAACUCCUAUUGUACUUAGACAGUCACCGCAAUAUCGUGCAGUCGUUGAACGUGAUUGGACACCACUUGGCCGAGCACAGCAACGACGCAGAAAGAGCAGCUCAGAUCAAAAACCGUUUAUCUGCUACCAACUCCAGAUGGGAUCGUGUCUGUUUUGCGUGCACAGAAUGGCAGACCAAACUGCAAACUGCACUUAUGGAGAACGAUGAGUUUUACGGCGUUAUUGACGAGCUCGUCGAUUGGCUAGACGAGACGGAACGAGCGAUCAAAACGACCGAACCGGUGGACCUGGCCGAGGACACGGUUAUCAUAGUGGACAAAUUCAACAAGUUUAAGAACAUGCACACGGAACUGGAGAGGUGCGAACCACGAGUGGUAUCUCUGCUCGAGGCGGCCGACUGGCUACGCCAGGCAAAUGAAAAAACUGGCGCCACGGCGCACUCAGCCUCCACAUCCGAUCAGACCAUCGUCGACUCUCACGCGAGACUGUCACACCUCAGGGCCCGUCUCACGGUGUUGAUAAACAUGACGGCCAGCUACACGACAAAACUUGGCACGACUUUGGGCUACGACAUGACGCCGGACAGCGUUUGCAUAAGACUCCACCAGGUGGACGAUACCAGCACUGCUAUGAAUCGAUCCAACGAAGAAGAACCGAACACAAAUGUUGGCGGAGAUGAGACGGUGCUGAGACGCGGCUACAGAUUCUUCGGCCGGGUGAUGCGGGCGUCCCUGCCUUUCCAGGUGCUGAUGCUGCUGGUCCUGGGCGCCGCCUCUCUGGUGCCAAUCGUUGACGAGGAGUUCAGCUGCAUGGAGUCCAACAGCAUCGCCUGGAGCCUUUACCCGUUACUCCGCUACCCCGGGGGACCGCCACCAGUAUAGAGCGACCCCGAUGACCACCCCGCCACAAAACACACCCCACAUACAAUAAUACGUGCCCCCCCCCCCUACCACCACCACAAUCACCCAUAUCGAUCAACACUAUAUUAUGAUCAUUAUUGUCAUUAUUUUGUAUUAUUUUUAUUCUUAAUCUAUUAUUAUUACUAUCCUUAUUGUAACUAUUAUUAUGUACAAUUAUUUUUAAACGCACGCAUACACACGCCCCCUGUCGAAAUCGUUUAUAUAAUAUUAUUCGUAUAUUUUACCGCUGUAAUGUUUAAUAUUUAUGUUGUAAUAAUGACGUACGAAUAGCGACGACGGCGAUUUACGCCUAACCUAUCCCCUUAGAUUAUUAUGUCUGUUUUCAAAAUGUAUUGUAGACACACGAGAGAUAUUGUCAUGUAAAACGAACGCUUUAAACAUUUCCCAAGUUCGUCCGUCCGAUGCGGUGCUUUGAGAACACUUUUUAGUUUUUACAGCGUACCCGCUGCCGUUGCCGAUGAUGAUUUUUUUGAUAAUGUUAUUGGUAAUUUAGUGUGGCUCGUUCGCCAAUAAUAUUAUAUAGUAAUAUUGACGGUAAUUUGUUUAUUAGAUUUUCACUCUAAUUAUCAUGAUAUAUACGACGUUAAAUCAAAAUGAAACUAAGAUGAUAUUAUAAUAAUACGAGACUGUCAAAGUGCAGGGUACGAAAAAAAAAAUAGUCGUUAAUUUAUUAACGAAUAGUUGAAACAAAUAUCUAUAUAUAAAUAUAUAUUUUCUGUGUUCAUUGUUGAAAAAAUAUUAAUACAAAUUUAUUGUGAACACGUGUGAUUUGUACGUUUUAAAAUUACUGUCAAUUUAUUAUUGAUAUUAAUACAUAUUUAUGUAUAUUUUUUAUUUUUAUCUUUUUAAAGUAAUAAUAAGCAUAAUUAUUAUAUUGAA